AUGGCUCCGAUCUACAAAGGCACGAAGAUUCCUACCAGCUAUGCAACGUGUAGCAUUGGCCACAAACCUGAACAUGAUCUGCCCUCAAAGCUUGAAGCCAUAGCAUCAGCUGGCUUCGAAGCAAUCGAGUUGUCCAUGCCGGAUAUUCUCUCGUAUGCGCAGAAGCUCAAUGGCAAGGAACCAAAUCCUAAAGAUUUCGAAACUCUUGCUACUGUGGGACAGGAAAUCCGAAAGCUUGUACAGAAGCACAAGUUGAAGAUUCUGAUGCUACAACCAUUUGCUAAUUUUGAAGGAUGGGUAAAAGGAAAGCAGGAUGAGAAGAGAGCCGAUGCCUGGGAAAGAGCCAGGGGCUGGAUGCGAAUCAUGGAAGCAGUCGGCACUGAUAUGUUACAGGUAGGUUCAUCUGAUGCUGAAGGAAUUUCAAUGUCUCUGGAAGACAGCGCAGCAGACCUCGCAGAACUAGCUGAUAUGCUGGCCACGAAGAACUUCAGAAUUGCUUACGAAAAUUGGUGCUGGUCAACUCAUGCACCAAAUUGGAAGCAUGUAUGGGACAUUGUUAAGCUAGCCAAUAAGUCCAAUAUCGGUCUCUGUCUGGACACGUUUCAGUCCGCUGGUGGUGAAUGGGGUGAUCCUAGAACGUCUUCGGGACUGUUGAACGGUGCAAGCAACAAGAAAGAUAUCGAGCAGAGCUGGCAGGAUAGCAUCAAGGAGAUGAGUGCAACUAUUCCAGGGGACAAGAUCUUCCUCCUACAGAUUAGUGAUGCGUACAAGAUGGACCCCCCAAUACCUGACAAAGUGGAUGAGUCAGGCUUGCGGCCACGAGGACAAUGGAGUCAUGACUAUAGACCUCUACCCUACGACGGAGGCUAUUUACCUAUCGUGGACUUCCUUCAAGCUACUCUUGCUACAGGUUUUAGAGACUGGCUGUCCAUCGAAGUGUUUGACGGGAAAGGGCCGGAGAAGUAUGGAGACGAUAUGAAGGCGUACGCCGACAAGGCUAUGAAGAGCAUAGAACGCAUGCUCGAAGAGUGUUGA